UUGUUCUUCGCGCCGUUCGCUUCGUCUGGGUUUCCCGUUUCCGCCUUUGUCUCCGAUUGUCACUUUUUUCAGUCUUUCUUCUUCGCGCCGUUCGCUUCGUCUCUCUUUCUCUCUCAAGAGUUCGUUGUUCGUCAAGGAAUCAUGCUGUAAGCUCAUGAGUUGAUUGAGCUGAAUUUCUGUUCUUGACAUGGCGAAGAGGAAGGGAAAUACGAAGAAAGGAGCGUCUAACCCCACAUCCGGUCCGCAAGAUUCGAUCACUAUUAGACAGGAAAUCACUGGGAAAUUCAAACCCAAAGUCUCUAACAAUGUCAAAACUUAUUUGAAUCAUUUGGAAAACCUAGCGACUUGGGCUAGUGGGAAAGCCUCUAUUCCUUCAUUGGCUGCUUUCUUUGGGCAGCGCCUCGCUACUGCAGCAGAGUCCUUGGCGGUCGCUCCCGACGCUUCUUUGUUUACUUGUCAGAGGUGUGAAACGAUUCUUCAACCUGGCUCUAACUGUUCUAUACGAAUAGAGAAGAAUAACACCAAGAGACGUCGAAGACAGAAGAAAUGUAGUAAUUCGACACAGAACAAUGUGGCGUAUUAUUGCCACCACUGCUCGUGUAGGAACAUAAAGAGAGGAACUCCCAAAGGCCAUAUGAAAGUGCUAUACGACGCAGCGUUUGAAAGAAGGGUGAAGCCUGUGGAUGUCAAGGAUGGUCAAGAAUGUGAGACAUCUGCAGUGGAGAAGCCAACUGAGAUUCUUACCAUUGAUGCUCCUAAAAUUCCUGAUGCUUCUGCAAUUCCUCCUCCAACUGGGGACAUCACUGCUCUUGAUAACCCUGCAAUUCAGCUUCGAACCAAGGCCAUUCUUAAUAUUAAUUCUCCAGCAACUCCAUCCACCCUGAGCGUAACGACUUUGUCGAAAUCGCAGAAACAGGAAAUGACGACAUUAUCUGAGAAACAUAUAGGACACGAGAUUAGAACAGACAAGGAGAAGAAAACUGGGGCUGUUCCUACUGUUGAUACACCCGCCACCCCUUCCACCUCGACCGGAGUGACUCUGUUGGAUUCGAAGAAGAGAAAGAGGAACAAGCCAUCGUCUAAGAAUCAAACUGAUCCCGGAAGUUGCUCUGCUCCAACAGCAGAUGGGGAUAGAAGUGAAGGCACAUCCAAAAGGAAUCGUAAAAGAAAAUCAUGGACAAGUUUGAAGGAAGUUGCUCGGACGAAUGAACAGAGUGGUAAACAAAAAAACAUGGCUGAAUUGGCAAUUCCAUUCUCCUUGUAUUAAGGCACUGAUUUAAUGAAUGUUUGUGUGAGGAAUUGAUUCUAUUUUAUACCUUCUCUUUCAGCAUUUCUUUGGUUUUCAA